AUGUCAAAUGGUAGCAUUGGGAACGGCAUCAUGGACCUCCAGGGGACCAUUGACCCGUCUGCCCUCAACUCUGCAGGAGUCCUCGCUGACCCGCAGGGUGUCGCACAGCAACAAUCGCGAGGCCUGAAGCGCAGCCGCUCGCCAGAGAAUAGCUACGGCGACGCGCAGCAUGGCGACCCGGCUGAUGCAGACGAGAGCGAGAAACCACGAAAGCGCGGUCGCCCACCGAAGUCAGCAAAGGCCGCGUUUGCUGGUAGUCCGACCCGUGGAUCGCUGCCUCCACCCACGCCCACGCACGUCGGCAUAGCCCCGCCAGUGCAGACACCGCAGCUGCAGACGUCGCCGCUGCCCCAGACCUCACCAACGCAGGCAUCGCCCUCCGCCAAAUCAACACCCACCAAGCCUGCGGUCAUCAAAGCGCUGCCGACCGUGCGCGAUCACACCACGGACCAGCUGAAUCCCGAGGGCGACGAAUAUAUACCGCGCGAAAUUGAUGAAGCUGGAGAACGAAAAGUCACGCAGACUGGCCAUCCCCUCGAGAACCGCGAGUACCGCUGCCGCACCUUCUUCGUCCCUAAUCGUGGCGACAAGCUGUUUAUGCUGGCGACCGAGUGCGCGCGUGUUCUCGGCUAUCGCGACUCGUACCUGCUUUUCAACAAGAACAGGUCCUUAUACAAGAUCAUCGCCACUCAAGCAGAAAAGGACGAUCUGAUUCACCAGGAGAUCCUGCCCUACUCGUACCGCUCUCGACAGAUCGCCAUAGUGACGGCGAGAUCCAUGUUCAGGCAGUUUGGAAGUAGGCUGAUUGUGAACGGAAGAAGAGUACGAGACGACUACUGGGAAAGUAAGGCCCGUAAGCAGGGUUUCACGGAAGAGGACGCGGCAGGAGAGAAGCGGCCAGGGGCAGCAAAGGCGAGAGAAGCAGCGGCCGCUGAAGCCAACCAUGCCAACGCCAUGGCCUUCGCCCACCCAGGAGCUUUCCCAGGUGCGAACGCCGACUAUCUUGGUGCUGCAUCGAACCCUCUGCAGCCCUUUGGUGGCCUGACGCCAGCACCAGGGAGCAUGCCCACCGGCGGCUUGGAGCCAUACAACCAGCGAACCACGACUGAUUUACAGCCCCGAGACUACAGCAGCGUGCAACGACCACGUCACGAACUUGCCGGUGCGCCGUACGUGGACGUUACAAGGCCGUCUCCUUCAGGCGAGAUUCUGAACCAAGCUGCGCAGACAGCUGAGAUUAACAAGCAGUUCGAGGUAUCGCGUAAGAACCGCAAGCAGUACCUGGACGACCUAUGGAACCGACCACACGAGCCACCCGCGCAGUCAGAGCGUCCGACAACUGCAGAUGGUGGACAGGUGCCGCAAGUCUCGCAAGCCAUGCAGUCACCACGCAUGCCCUCUACCAGCGUUAGCAUACCUGGCAACCAGUAUGGCAUGACAGCUCAGACGCCACAAAGACCAAGCCAAGGCAUGGGUGUGCAGUCUUACCGUCCGCAAUCUAUGCCACAGAACAACAUGGUCCCCGCACCCAUGGCGCAGCAGCACACCCCUCUGCCAAACCAGAUGCACCGUCGUCCACCAAGCCUAGGUCUUCCACAGGGUAUGUCACCAGGGAUGGGCCCAAGUGGUAUGCUUCCUGGCGUUCAGAAUCCAGGUCAGGGUUACGCUCCUUCCCACAUGUGGCAAGGUGGCCCACCUCAGCCGUCGCCAUUGUCUCAGCAGCACAACAUGCAGCAGUACGCUCAAAGGCCGCCACAGCAGUCGCCGCACCCGCAGCAGUCUCCCAUGCACGCUUCGCCGCAGAUGCAUCACGCGCAAAGCAGCGGGUCGAUGCACGGUACUCCAAUCCAGCAAUACCAGACGAUGAACGCUAUGGGAGGUACCGGAUUUCCUAGCAUGGAUCAGAACCCUUACCAGCCUAGCCCUAGCCCUCAUCAGUUCAUGCAACAUCAGAGUGGUGCUGGCCAGCAGCCCAGCAUGUACGGUAUGAGCCAACCGCAGUCGCAACAAGGAUGGCCAUCAUACUAG